UCUUCUCAUCCUUCUCCUCUUCCCUCCACCACUUCUUCUUAAGAAGGGAGAAGAAUCAGUGUUCAUGGUGAGGCAAAGGAAAGCUUGAUCGAGAAGAAGAUAUAUCAGCAAAAGGAAGAGUAAAGACCAGCGCACAAGCAAUACUGAUUGGAAGGGGGAGAGAGAGAGAGAGAGAGAGAGGGAGAUGGCAGAGAUGAGGGGAAAGAGAGGGGAGAAGACUCAGUUCUCGAUCACCUAUGGCCUCUUGAGGCAGUACUUGAAGGAGAAGGGCAGCUUUGGGAGCAUUGGCCUUGACAUCAUGGCCCCAAGGCCUGUUCACCACCAACCUCAUGAGAGGUACCAGUCUCCCACCACUUUGAGUCUGCUACCGGGUGUGGAUGUGUCCACUGAGGACCACACCAACGAUGGAACACACCAAACUGCUCCCAAAUCCAUGGAGCUAUUUCCCCAGCAUACCGCAGGAUUUGGUUCCUCUGUCCUUCCCCUCAAGGAAGAAUCUGCUUCAAGCAUCAAGCACACAGAGAAGUCCUCCCAAUUGACGAUCUUCUACGGUGGAAAGGUGCUGGUUUUCGACGAUUUCCCGGCUGACAAGGCCAUAGAUCUGCUGCAGAUGGCCGGCAAAGAGAGUAGUGCAGCUCCAAAGCGUGGUCUCCCUGUUCCUUCCUCCACUAAUGCAGCCGAGUCCUCUACACAGAAUGGCAUGCCCAAGCCUACCCAAGCCAACGCAUCUGAUAUGCCCAUAGCUCGAAAAAACUCCCUGCAUCGAUUCCUCGAGAAGAGGAAGGAUCGGAUUAGCACCAAAGCACCAUAUCAAGCCCAUGGUGGCUCGUCGGCGGCGGCGCCACCGGAUGAGGUCAAGCUGGAAGACGGCCAACCUUGGCUUGGAUUGGGUCGGCAUGCGGUGAAACAAGAACACAGUUCUGGGAGUAGCAGAUAGCUUGGGAGGGAUUCCACUGUCUUCAAACAACACAAGGGAAUCAGACAAUAAAUCGAUGUAGCCUCUUCAUUUUAAGAUCUUGUCUCUGGAACAAACUUCUCUUGUAAUUUGUAUGAUCAUGACAAGUUUUCAUGAUCUGCUACUUCAUAUUGCUCAGCCUCAGCAAUGUUUCUUA